AUGACAGAACUGCACGUUGCUGGUGCGACGGCAGCAACUGGGAGGAGUUCGGCGAAUUUGUCCACUGUGAUUGCUUCUUCCAUCAUCCUUCUCAUUGUGGGGUUCCUGGUCUUCGCUAAAAGACUUGUUAUCAUGAUGUGCGUGAUGAAGCACAUGUUCGUCCUGCAACUCGUCUGGGUUCUCUUGCUCUCUCACCGCGUCACCUGGGCCUGGCAAGAUCGGUUUCCCGACCUCAAACCAAAGGCUACAUUCCGUCUUGGACAUGUGCAGAAAUUACGUCAGGACUUUGGCUAUCCGAGACAAGGGAAAUCCGAACACGACUUUGAUGGUCUGCGGAACCCAAGCGUUCAAGCCGGAAUGCAGAGAUAUGGGUGGACCCGAGCAUCUGACCCCCUGGACAAAAGGCUCUAUGUGGGGACAGUCCUCGAUUUCGGAGGACUCGAUCCAGUAAUAUACCGAAAACCUCGAGAGGGAGACGAAAACGAUUACCCUCUCAGAACUGAACAGUACGACCUCAAGCAGUUCAACGACCCACAAUUUGUGAACUCAAUGGAAGAUGAUCACUACGUGUAUUUCUUCUUCCGUGAAAGAGCCUGUGAAGUCUCCCGCUGCGCUAAGGUGCCGAUUCCCCGACCUGGAAGCAAAGAGGUUAAUGACACCACACUGUUAACCGAAUACGCUAGCUGUUUCUUCAAGCUGUAUCCAUUCAUGUACGACCAUGUUCAGCCACUCCAUCAACAGCCAAUCUUCGUCAUUUCUCAAGACAAAAAUAAUGCUCGACUGAACCGAAUCGUUGUCGAUGAGAGGAUUACAGGAGUGAAUGGGAGCACUCACGAUGUCAUCUUCGCUGGAACAGAUGAUGGAAGAGUGCUGAAAAUAAUCUAUAAUGAAGAUGAGGUUGCAGAGAAAGUGAACGCAGUCGUAAUAGAGGACUCGGAAGUACUGGGUAUGACAAAAAGGGUGGUAAAUAUGUAUCGCUAUCGAGAGGAGGGGAAACCUGCAAAGAUCGUUGUAAUCGGAGACGAACUGAUCAAGGCCUUGCCUGUUCAUCGCUGCGAUCUCGUCAAGACCUGCAGCGACUGUGUGAAGCUUCAAGACCCUUACUGCGCAUGGGACACGAUGGACAAGGGUCAUUGCACUGAAGUGGCCAAUGGAAGUAAUGAAAUCAAACUCUUUCGCUACGUUCAAGAUAUCCGCUCUGGCAAUAGCUCACAGUGCCCACAGUUAGUGUCGCAUUCGAAGGAUGCUGGCGAAAGCAAAGGAACGAUGCAUAAUGACUUCUCUGAACUGCUCGCAGCUGGUGCGACGGCAGCAACUGGAAGGAGUUUGGACAAAAAGGGGAAAAUUUUGAUCACGGCUGUUGUUUGCUCCGUCGUCUGUCUCAUGGCGGGGUUCCUCGUCGGGUCCCUAUUCACAAGAAAAUUCAGAAAAAUAGUUCUCUUUUCAAAAAUCCACCCUAAAUGA